AUGGCUACUUCUGCACGAGGACCGCCGGGCACCGUCGCGGUAUCAAAGGAUGGCAUCCCAAACCGGACACUAUACGUCCGUAACCUCCCCGACAAGCUACCCAAGGAGGACCUGAAGCGCAACAUAUACAUGCUGUUUGCCACCUAUGGCGUAAUCCUCGAUGUCGUGGCCCUCAAGACAAUGAAGAUGCGCGGCCAGGCGCACGUCGUGUUCCGCGAUAUCGAUUCUUCGACGCAAGCUAUGCGUGCGUUGCAAAACUUUACCUUCUUCGGAAAGGACAUGCAAAUCGCCUAUGCAAAGACCAAGUCCGAUACCAUUGCCAAGCUCGAUGGCACGUUUAAACUGCCUGAGCCCGAGCGCGAAGACGAACCAGAGCAGACAACCACACAGGCAGUAGGAUUUGGCGCCGCGCCCGCAAAAGCAGUCCCAGUCGGACAAAAGAGGGGGCGCGACGAAGAAGAGGAGGAAGAGGAGGACGAGGACGCGGAGAUGGAAAUGGACGUCAGUGACGAGGAUUCAGAUUGA